AUGACUCGAACAAUCCCAAAUCACUACUGUCCGAUAUGUGGCAUUCUAAUUGCCCGUUCACUGGUCAUGCCUGGCACCGUGCCAACCGAUCUGGAAUGGUACCGGCAGGUCCGUGUGAUUCAGCUUCGCGGUGAUACAUUAGAUGAUCAAUGGCUAGUCACCCAACUCGCCACUGUGAGCGGCGUAGGAUAUGUCAGUCAUUCCAGUCGAAUCCAUGCCCCCUCGCACCAUGAUUGCUGUUUCAGCGACGACGGGGUUGGCAGCCUGAUGUCGUACAUCCGAUUCCGCGACCCAGCGUCAGGUACCUGGUCAUUCGACGUGCAUGAAUUAUGCUGGCAGAUUCUACUGCAGAGAGUCCCGGAGGGCCGAUCCGACCUCACCAGAUUUUCCACUCUUCUUUUCCAGAUGCUGUUUUGUACCACAUGGGGUAAGCAAAGAUACCUUCGUCCUGGUCAUGACUUCGGUGGCGCAGCCCAAUUUCAAAACCCGAUGGGGGUUAUGUUUUGCGAUAUGAUCGACCAAGGACUUGAUUAUCUCUCGGCUUGUCCUUCACAGUUCCGCAAUCUGGCAGAGAUUCUAUCGUGUGCCACCCCGGACACUCAAUUCUGCCCUCAACGAUCCACACAUAGAGCCCGGAGGCCGUCUUCACGCGAUGACAUAUUCUCCCCACUUUCAGUCGAGGUUCUAAUUAUGAUUGUGUCUCUCCUCCCUUCACCCGAUAUUCAGCACUUGCGAUUGGCGUCAAGAAGUCUCGCAUCCGCGACUGAUCCGUCAUCGCUGCCUCAGUCUUUCUGGCGCACCAGGUUUCUGGCAGAUGGCGAGAUGGGAUUUGCUUGGCCCGCUGACUCGACGGGUUAUCUCAACUGGCGUGACGCUUACUUUACGCUGAAGCAUGUUUUGAGCGAUACCUCCGGCUCCAGCUUUGCGCAGGCCAGAAACCGGCGGCGAAUAUGGAGACUUGCUGGUAUCAAUGCGGCUCUGCUUUCUCAGUUCUUGGAUGGAACCGACCUUUGUGGCGGUAUCUGUACCGAGGAUGCAGGUCUGUCUCAUAGCCCCAAUACAACUCCUGAAAAUGGGACACACGGCAAAAUGCUCAGCGCCCAAGUGUCGGAGGACUCUCACCGGCUACUUUCUGUAGGAAGUCUGAGGCUCCACGAUAGGACCGUCAUUUUACCUUUGGACGACUUCACUGUCAAGACCAUUCGUGUUUAUGUGAUUGACUUUAACUUGCAGUGUUUCAUCUCCGGUCUGGAAUUCGAACUUCUGCACCUUUCUACUCAAGCGUAUUCCAACAUCGCUCUGGGAUUUGCGCCACCCAAUGCCGGCCAUCUAAUUCACAUUGCCCCGUCCGUUUGUGUCACAGGAUUUGAACUGGAAGUCAGUUCGCGAGGCAUCACCAAUCUAAGAGUGCUCGUUGAAGGAAGCGACCACGGUGCAUGUCCGCCGCAGUGGGUGCGAGAUCAAGAGACGGACCGGGCCGAUAUCGCGUUGGGAAAGCUGGACUUCGGCGCUCCGAAAGCACGACGAAUCCGACUGGUCGCUCAGUUUGAUGUAACAUUGCAAGGGUACAACCGUAUGCUGAAUAUUGAUUUCGCGGGUGGCAACGGGGAGAAGCUUCCGCAACUGACAAGGAUAGUGACCCAUAUCCUCAAUGACUCGGCACCCAUUGUAGGAUUCACCUUCUAUUUCGACGACCGGACCUCUACCCACUUCGGUCGACAGGGCUUGAUGGAAGUAUCUUUGUUGAUUGAUGGACCCGGUGGGGAGUAUGUCACAGGUGUCACAGUCGCGAAGUCCACCAAGGAUAGCCGGAUCCUGUUACUUCGGAUGCGCACAAACCUUGGAAAGGAGCUUAUCACGGGUUGGGACGAGCUGAGCCGCUCUGAAGUAUCGGAUUACCGGCUAAAACUGCAUUUGUUUGACUCUCGCUCGAAUCCUCUCAUCAAACGUAAGGAAAUGACUGUCGAGGCGAUGCAAGCGCCCAUCGGGCAGCGCAUUACUGGAUUCAUUGCCACCCUUGAAGCAUCAAACAACUCGUUUCGUGCUUUCGGAUUACAGUGUCAGAGAACCCCGCCGCCGUAUGAAACGCGGGUCACGGACGCGGCCUUGCCGUACCCCGUUUCAACUGCCGCACGCUCAGCUUCCCCUCUAGGCUCAUAUAUUAUCAGAGAAAGAUCCAAUUUUUGUAGAGCCUUUACAUCUGCGAGCUUAAAAUCGGUCAAGUGUAUAAGAUUCUCGAGCGGAAACCUCGAGCGCCCGCGGCUCGACAAUGAAGUUUCCGGAUUAUGGUUUGAGUACUUCGAAUCUCCUCAUUCAAUCGUCGGUCAGUGGAUCUCUGAGUCUGUGUCGGUCACCCUUGAGCCCGGAGAGACGAUCACAGGAAUCACAAUAUGGCUGUCGAAUGGUUGCAAGGCCUUGAGCCAGGAGUUCUUCAUGGGCCGAGUCGUUCGCAUCAUGAUAACUACUCCCCUUCAGACUGUGGUGUAUCCGGAGGGACCUCCGCUAUCAGCCAAGGAGCAUACUAUCUUACGGUUUGAAGAAAGCUACCUCGAAGAAAUGUCGUGCUUUGUCUGGGUAUUCAACGGCGCGUGGGACUUUCCACGGGUAAUCCAAAAUCUCAAAUCGCCGAGUCAGAAGAUGGUUUUCUGGGACCCGGGCCAUACCCUCGAGGAACGGCCCUGGGCGACUCCCCAAAGCGCACUCUGGGCGGGAGGUAAUGGAACGAAUGGCCUGGUCUCCAUAGCUGGGUAUCACGGCUUGAAUAAGGAGGAUUACAUCACUGGCCUGAGGUUCACAUAUAAGUCCGGUGCUGUUCAGGAUAUAGGCGAUGUGGCCGCUGGACAGGCCCUUCGCUCUGUGCGACUUUCUCCGGACGAAAAUAUCCAACGGAUGUCCUUGAUUAAGGACUGGACGGGCCUCCUGCAAGUUACUUUCGAUUGCAUGAAACGGGGUGACAAGACAAAGACCCGGCGCGCCGUUAUCUCCACGCCGUCCGCGAAGAGGAAUUUACCCUCUAUGACGGGGAGAACAGAUCACGAGGAUGUCGACUUUCUUCAACGCAGGUACACAUCGCAUUACCGCCGUACAGCGGGAGAUGCGCAGAACGGGGAAGGAAGUUUGCCUGAGGGAGAGGCUAUUGGGCUGUGGGGGUUCAAAAUGCUGGAUGACAAGUUGUUUGUUGGGGUCGUGAUAUUACAGGGGUCUGGGCCCCGUACUAAAAUUACCAGUCGCUCGCGCUUCAAGUGA